AGAGGUCGGUCUGCAGGUCCCCGAGCGGCCCGCGUAUACCGAGAGGAGGCCUUUGGGCAAAAGAUUUGAUCUCUGUGUACCGUGUUAUUUUAUGAAGAGUCCCGCCCCUCCCCACAGAAGCAAACAUUGUUUAGUCCCGAGGGCCCUCAGACAAGAAGCCACUAUUUAUUCGUCCCAGAAGGAUUUCCUCAGGCCACGGGCGGCCGAAGACCUCCUCCCUAUUCAAAAACGUUCGCGGUUUUGUUUCCCACCAGAGCCCCUCAGACCCCAUGAAGAAGAUAGCCUGACUGCGUCCGGCUCGAAAGGAAGACGCGUGACCAGCAGCGAGAGCUUCCUAACUUUGCCCCCGCCUCUGACUGUGGUUCGGGCGUGCGCCUGGUGGAAAGGGGGCCAGAAAGUGGGGCCUAUUGUGCUCUGCUCUCCUUGCCCCGGGCCGCUUCAGCCAGUGCGUCUUGUUAAAGGAAAGCCCUCCCCGAUUAUCUUCCUGCGUCCAGACUCCGGCCCCUUGGAGGAAGGGGUGGGCUGGGGCCGAUGCCACUCCAGGGUCAUCCUGGCCCCGGGGUCACGUGCCUGGUCUCGCUCACGUGGCCGGAACAGUUCUGAGGUUUGGGGUCGCCCUCGAAAGCCGCCUUCACUCGAGUCACCCUGCUGCUGACAAGGAAGGUAAAAGCUGCAGGAUAGUAUACUCGAAAUACGAAUAAGCUACACCUUCAAGGACCUCAGGAGCAUUUCGUCUCUUAACCAAUAAUAUAUUGGAGCAUUUGGAAGGUAAAGGCUGCAGGAUAAUAUACUCGAAAUACGAAUAAGCUACACCUUCAAGGACCUCAGGAGCAUUUCGUCUUUUAACCAAUAAUAUAUUCCCAAGUUCACUUGGAGGAAAAGAGACUCUAAGGUCUUGUGCAGACUUCCUAAUUCCACUGAAGUUAGCGCCUUGGGAAAAUAACUGAUUUGCCAGCCAUCUGAGAUUUGAAGCAACUUACCAUGCUCUCUAGAGAAAUGACUCACUGAGAACCAUUCCAAUGGCUGAUGGAUAAAACUCGGAAGAACCACUGCCAUUCUGUAUUGGAUGUUCAGAGAACAACUGGAUACUUGGGAACGUAAAGCUUGGAAAAUUCUCCUAUGGAUUCCUGACAGCAAAAAUCUCCACAGUCACGUCGGAACAUUUCCACCACCAUCACUCCUUUGGAAACUGAUUGCCUGGUUCCCCGGGGGCACAUGAUGUCUCUGCCUUUUUAUCAGAAACUUCACGAGCACUAUGAUCGCAGCUACCACAACAAAAACCUUCGCACCACCAUGAGCCAGUACCAGCAGGAGAAGAAAAGCUCGGCCAUCUACACCCACGGCUCCACUGCCUACAGCAGCCGCUCCUCCGCUGCCCACCGCCAGAAGUCCGAGGCCAUCAGCCAGGCAUCUGCCACGUCCUACCAGCAGCAGGCUUCCCGGGCCUCCGAGUUUGCCCUCUCAUCUGCUGUCAGUCAGAAGGCUGCCUCAGCCUACGACUAUGGCUUCUCCCACGGACUUACAGAUUCCAGUCUGAUGUUAGAAGAUUAUUCAUCCAAGUUGAGCCCCCAAACAAAGAGAGCCAAGAAAAGCCUUCUCUCUGGAGAGAAGAAAGAAAAUCUGCCAAGUGACUACAUGGUGCCCAUUUUCUCAGGACGCCAAGUGCAUGUCAGUGGAAUUACAGACACGGAAGAAGAAAGAAUUAAAGAAGCUGCUGCUUACAUAGCCCAGAGGAAUCUCCUUGCUAGAGAGGAAGGAGUCACGGCAGCCAAGCAGUCCACAGUAUCCAAACAGUCCACAUCCAUGCUUCGCCAGGAGGAAGGUUUUGAGAAGUCGAGGAAAGUUGCAAUUCGAGAAAAGGCAGAACACCUGUCACUGAAAAAAACGUUAGAAGAAACUGAGGCGUAUCAUAAAAAGUUGAAUGAAGAUAAUCUUCUCCAUGCUCCUGAAUUUGUCAUUAAACCUCGUUCCCACACUGUUUGGGAGAAAGAAAAUGUAAAAUUACACUGCUCUGUAGCCGGCUGGCCAGAACCUCGUCUCACAUGGUAUAAAAACCAGGUGCCAAUAGACGUCCAUGCAAACCCUGGAAAGUAUAUUAUCGAAAGCCGAUAUGGAAUGCACACUCUGGAGAUAAACGCAUGUGAUUUUGAAGACACCGCUCAGUACCGGGCCUCGGCGAUGAAUGUUAAAGGAGAGCUUUCAGCAUAUGCUUCGGUUGUGGUAAAGAGAUAUAAGGGAGAGUUUGAUGAGACUCGCUUCCAUGCGGGGGCCUCCACCUUGCCCCUCAGCUUUGCUGUGACCCCUUACGGUUAUGCGUCCAAGUUUGAGAUCCACUUUGAUGACAAGUUUGAUGUGUCUUUCGGGAGAGAAGGCGAGACGAUGAGUCUAGGCUGCCGUGUAGUUAUCACUCCUGAAAUUAAACAUUUCCAGCCGGAGAUCCAGUGGUACCGAAAUGGGGCUCCUGUUUCUCCAUCAAAAUGGGUGCAAACACACUGGAGUGGCGAUCGGGCAACACUAACAUUUUCUCAUCUCAACAAGGAAGAUGAAGGUCUCUAUACAAUCCAUGUACGAAUGGGAGAAUAUUAUGAACAAUACAGCGCUUACGUCUUUGUUCGAGAUGCUGAUGCAGAGAUUGAAGGAGCCCCAGCCUCUCCCUUGGAUGUGGUGUCCUUGGAUGCCAACAAAGAUUAUAUCAUCAUCUCUUGGAAACAGCCGGCUGUGGAUGGAGGGAGUCCUAUUCUGGGAUAUUUUAUUGAUAAGUGUGAGGUGGGCACAGACAGCUGGUCUCAGUGCAAUGACACACCUGUGAAGUUUGCUCGUUUCCCAGUCACUGGAUUGAUAGAAGGUCGUUCUUACAUAUUCCGAGUUCGAGCUGUGAACAAAACUGGAAUAGGUCUCCCCUCUCGUGUUUCCGAGCCUGUGGCUGCUCUGGAUCCAGCUGAGAAAGCUAGACUUAAAAGUCGCCCUUCAGCACCCUGGACUGGACAGAUCAUUGUCACUGAGGAGGAACCGACAGAGGGUAUUGUUCCCGGGCCCCCCACAGACCUCUCUGUCAUCGAGGCCACACAGAGCUACGUGGUGCUGAGCUGGAAGCCCCCCCGUCAGCGUGGCCAUGAGGGCAUCCUCUACUUUGUAGAAAAGUGUGAUGCAGGAACAGAAAACUGGCAGCAGGUGAACAUGGAGCUCCCUGUGAAGUCUCCCCGCUUUGCUCUGUUUGACUUGACUGAGGGGAAAUCCUACCGGUUCCGAGUCCGCUGUUCCAAUUCAGCAGGAGUUGGUGAGCCCUCCGAGGCAACAGAAGUGACCAUGGUCGAGGACAAACUUGACACCCCCAAGCCGCCAAGCAAUAUCAUCCCAAGCAGAAAUACAGACACAUCAGUUGUCGUUACGUGGGAGGAAUCCAAAGAUGCUAAGGAGCUGGUCGGGUACUACAUAGAGUCAAGUAUUGUUGGAUCUGGCAAGUGGGAGCCCUGCAACAACAACCCCGUGAAGGGCACAAGGUUUACUUGUCAUGGAUUGACUACCGGUCAGAGUUAUAUUUUCCGGGUCAGAGCAGUUAACGCAGCUGGACUUAGUGAAUAUUCACAAGAUUCAGAAGCAAUCGAAGUAAAAGCUGCUAUUGGGGGAGGAGUGUCUCCAGCUGUGUGGCCUGAACUGAGUGAUACACCAGGUGGACUAACAGACUCCAGGGGAGGCAUGCAUGGCACCUCCCAGCCAACUUUUAAGAAAGAUGCUUUGCUUGGUAGCAAACUUAACAAACCUUCACUACCCAGUAGCUCUCACAACCUGGGCCAAACAGAAGUGAGUAAAGUAAGUGAAACAGUUCAGGAAGAGCUUUCCCCACCACAACAGAAAGCAGCUGUUAAGGGGGAAAGUAAGUCUGACCCUCUGAAAAAGCAGAAGGAUCUGGCGGCACCAUCUCCACCCUAUGAUAUCACUUGUCUUGAAAGUUUUCGUGACUCAAUGGUUCUUGGAUGGAAGCAACCAGAUAAGACUGGAGGGGCUGAAAUUACGGGCUAUUAUGUGAACUAUCGAGAAGUAAUUGACGGGGUACCAGGAAGAUGGAGAGAAGCCAACAUCAAAGCUGUCAGUGAUGAGGCAUAUAAGAUUAGCAACUUGAAGGAGAACAUGGUAUAUCAGUUCCAAGUGGCAGCCAUGAACAUCGCUGGCUUGGGAGCACCCUCGGCAGUAAGCGCAAGCUUCAAAUGUGAAGAGUGGACCAUUGCUGUUCCAGGACCACCGCACAGUCUCAAGUACAGUGAAGUCAGAAAAACCUCCCUGGUUCUGCAGUGGAAGCCUCCAGUCCACUCAGGACGGACUCCGGUCACUGGCUACUUUGUGGACAUGAAGGAGGCCAGUGCCAAAGAGGACCAGUGGCGAGGACUCAAUGAGGCGGCUCUGAAAAACACAUACCUGAGGGUGCAAGGCCUCAAAGAGGGUGUCAGCUAUGUGUUCCGAGUCCGAGCCGUAAACCAGGCAGGUGUCGGGAAGCCGUCUGACCUUGCUGGGCCUGUUGUGGCAGAAACCCGUCCAGGAACCAAAGAAGUUGUUGUAAAUGUGGAUGAUGAUGGAGUCAUUUCCUUGAACUUCGAAUGUGAUCAGAUGGCUCCAAAUUCUGAGUUCACCUGGUCCAAAGAUUAUGUCCCCACAGAGGAGUCUCCAAGAUUAGAGGUUGAAAGCAAAGGCAACAAGACGAAAAUGACCUUCAAAGACCUCGGGAUGGAAGACUUGGGCAUCUACUCCUGCGAUGUAACAGACACUGAUGGAAUAGCGUCAAGCUACUUGAUAGAUGAGGAAGAAUUGAAACGUUUACUUGCUCUCAGCCAAGAACACAAGUUCCCAACUGUCCCAGUUAAAUCAGAGUUGGCAGUUGAAAUUUUGGAGAAAGGCCAGGUCCGGUUUUGGAUGCAGGCUGAGAAGCUCUCUGGCAACGCCAAAGUCAACUACAUAUUUAACGACAAGGAAAUUUUUGAAGGGCCGAAAUAUAAGAUGCAUAUUGACCGAAACACUGGUAUAAUUGAGAUGUUUAUGGAAAAGCUGCAGGAUGAGGAUGAGGGCACAUAUACUUUCCAGGUUCAAGAUGGAAGAGCAACUGGCCAUUCUACUCUUGUUCUCAUUGGAGAUGUUUAUAAGAAGCUCCAGAAAGAAGCUGAAUUCCAGCGUCAAGAAUGUAUCAGGAAACAAGGUCCACAUUUCGCUGAGUAUUUGAGCUGGGAAGUGACUGGUGAAUGUAAUGUACUAUUGAAAUGCAAGGUGGCAAAUAUUAAGAAGGAGACUCAUAUUGUGUGGUAUAAAGAUGAAAGGGAGAUAUCAGUGGAUGAAAAGCAUGACUUUAAGGAUGGUAUAUGUACCCUCCUUAUAACAGAGUUUUCAAAGAAAGAUGCUGGGAUUUAUGAAGUUAUCCUGAAAGACGACAGAGGAAAAGAUAAGAGCAGAUUGAAGCUUGUGGAUGAAGCCUUUAAAGAACUGAUGGCUGAAGUAUGUAAAACAAUAGCUUUGUCUGCAACAGACCUGAAGAUCCAGAGCACAGUUGAGGGCAUCCGGCUGUACUCUUUUGUUACUUACUACGUGGAUGAUCUGAAAGUUAACUGGUCCCACAACGGGACUGCUAUUAAGUACACAGACAGAGUUAAGAGUGGGGUCACCGGGGAGCAGAUCUGGCUGCAGAUCAACGAGCCCACUCCGAGUGACAAAGGGAAAUACGUGAUGGAGCUCUUUGACGGCAAAACUGGACACCAGAAGACAGUGGAUCUUUCUGGACAAGCGUACGACGAAGCCUUUGAUGAAUUCCAGAGAUUAAAACAAGCUGCCAUCGUGGAGAAAAAUCGCGCCCGGGUAGUGGGAGGUCUCCCCGAUGUGGUCACCAUCCAGGAGGGCAAGGCGCUUAACCUCACCUGCAUAGUGUGGGGAGACCCGACUCCGGAGGUCUCCUGGCUGAAGAACGAGAAGCUCUUGGCCUCGGACGAGCACUGCAACCUCAGGUUCGAGGCCGGCAAGACCGCCUACUUCACCAUCAGCGGGGUCAGAACGUCCGACUCGGGCAAGUAUGGGCUGGUCGUGAAGAACAAGUACGGCUCGGAGACCAGCGACUUCACCGUCAGCGUGUUCAUCCCGGAGGAGGAGGCGAGGAAGGUCGCCGAGGAGCGCCCGAAGGGCCACAAGAAGGCCAAGUGACCGGAGGGCGAGGGGGACGAGGGGGACGAGCCACCCCGCACUGCCUCGGGCUACGUGUGUGCGAAGGGUUCGAGCUGAGCGCGAGGAAGUCUCCGUGCUUACUACUCCGUGCUUUAGGGGUCGGGGGGAUUGUCAAAUCUUUAUUCAUAUAAGAAAGCACCAACUAACGACAUUUUAAUCGUUUUUCUUUACCUACAAAUUGUGUUAAGAAAAUAACAUUGGUAGCGCAAAUAUUAGGAAACAGUUUUAAGGCAAAGAGCAGGGUAAAGUCAGAGGGCCGUUGAACGGGGGCAGGAGACACGUGCUGUGGAGCCGUCUGGACCCGCCAGCCUCUCAGCAGUCAGUUCUCCUGGUUCGCAGUGAGGCGGCAGCGUCCAGUCAGACGAGACAAGCUAUUAAGUCAGCCAGCCUGUGUCGUGUGUUGUAACAAGAGCCGUGUGCGUUCUGUGGGUGGCCUGGUGAUUUGGAAGCUCUCGGUCCUAAUAAACAGUUCACACCCCUCUGCUCCCCCGUCAGUGCUUCUCUCCUUCUUACUGGUUUAGCUGCCCAGCUGGGUGGCCUCCGCUGGGUGACCUUUCUGGCCUCUUCUUGUAACACGUCUUCUGAAUUUUAAAUUCCUUUUGGUUGAAGCAGUGCCUUCACAACACAAUCACAUAAGGCAUCCCAGGUCGGUUGAAGUUCAGAGGUGUGAACUUGCUCCGUCACUGUGCAUCUGGUAGCUCACCAGGCGAUCUGUCAGGUCUCUUCCAUUGUUAAGAUACCCGGAGUCACCGAAUGUAACGUGUCAACAGAGGAUAAUAAGACGGCGUGGGGCGUCUAGCACCAGAAUUGGCGACUAAGGCCACAUCUGAGAAUAAAAGGCACUACAGGAUGGUCACUCUAAGUUCAGAGAACUGCCAGGCCUGGGGCCUGCCCCUUGCGGCAGCGUUUCUGCUUGAGGGAAUUUGGGCCUUCCCCGUCCCUACCCCUAACCCCCAACCACCACACACACACACACACACACACAACACAGGAGGAAAAGAGUAACUGUGAAAGCCACCCCUGCCUUCGUCCUGUCAAGGGUCAGGGAUGGGACGACAGAAUCCCUCACAGUUUGGAGGGGCACCUACACAUCCUCUCCUUUGCAAAGACCAGGACUGCAACUUGCCUCUCACCUGACUGUAGCCCCCACUAUCACCCUGACGCCAACCACCGGCAG